UGUGACCUGCCUCUCGCCCAGUGUCAGCCUGGUUUUGUAAGCAGGGUGGCUGGAGGAUGUUUGCUUCACUGAUGUGAAGACCUCAACACAAUCAAACAAAACGUAAAUCUAAGCUUCUCCCUCUCUCCAGACGGACGUGGCUGAUAAUCACCGGCGUGCUGGCUCAUCUCGCUUGGUGACGUCAGGACAGGUGAGGCGGGGAUGCCUGCCACGCGGUGACAAUAGUCAGGAGUCGGUGACAGUCAUGUGACCGCACGGUGUCAAGAGUCUCUAUGGACGAUGAUGUUCUGGUACCGUACGCCCACGGCCACGGUCCCUCCCACUCUCACCGCCAUAUUAGAGACUGCCAGCCCAUCAAUCAUGGCAACACCACCCAUGAGAGCUGGCCGUCCAGUAACCACAGCGUGCUGCCUUUGGCCGAGUCCACAGUGUUUGUGACGGAUGUGCCGGGAAGCUCCAGAUAUGUUUACGGCCACAUGACAGUGGUCCAUGACCCGCUGAGGACGGUGUCAGUGUUGGAGCCAGGUGGGCCGGGCGGCUGCGGGAUGAAUCAGAGGGCCUCGGUGGAGGAGACGGCCGAAGCUGCUGGGUGUCUGUAUGCCCAGAACGCCGGCUUCUUCAACACAAAGUCAGGCAAGUGUCUGGGCAACGUGGUGAGCGACGGCAGGAUGGUGCAGGACAGCGGCGGGGUGCAGAACGCCCAGUUUGGAAUCAGGAAGGACGGCACCCUCACAUUCGGGUAUCUGUCACAGGAAGAUGUUUUGGACCAGUCCAACCCGUUCGUCCAACUGGUCAGUGGUGUUGUGUGGCUGCUUAGGAAUGGCGAGGUUUACAUCAACCAGAGCCUGGAAGCUGAGUGUGACACGACACAGGAGACAGGGCUGUUCCGCACUUUUGUGGAUGUGGUGUCGGCCAGGACAGCGGUGGGUCACGAUGCUGAGGGCAAACUUAUCCUUUUCCAGAUUGAUGGACAGACCAGAAUAAGAGGAAUGAGUCUCUGGGAGAUGGCUGAGUUCCUGAAGAAGUACGGAGUGAUUAAUGCCAUUAAUCUGGAUGGAGGUGGGUCUUCCACCUACGUGAUUGAUGGCUCACUGGCCAGCUAUCCCUCUGAUCACUGUAAACCAGACAACAGGUGGCGCUGUGGCCGGCAUGUCUCCACCAUCCUGUGCGUUCACCAGCGGCGCUGCAGGCCGUCAGACUGCAGCGGACACGGUGACUGUGUGGACGGAAGGUGCCGGUGCCAGGAGGGCUGGCAGGGCGCUGCAUGUGACUCCCUGGUGUGUCAGCCGCCAGCCUGCAGCCCCCAUGGUGUCUGCACUGCCAAUGGCUGCGUCUGUGAUGCUGGAUGGAGAGGGAAAAACUGCAGCCAAGAGUGCCUCCCAGGUUUCUACGGCGACGGCUGCAAUCAGACCUGCGCCUGCGCUAACGGCGGUUCCUGCGACCCCGUCCACGGACGCUGCGCCUGCCCGCCCGGUUUCCACGGAAACGCCUGUGAAGAAGUGUGUCCUCUGGGUUUCUUCGGCCUGUCCUGUGCUCAGGAGUGUCACUGUGACGACCAGUGCCCAUGUGACCCGCAGACAGGAAGCUGUAACGCCACAUUGCAACAAGCGACCAACUACACCUUACAGAGAGCUGGACACUGUCUGGCCAAACAGAUAAUUACGUCUUGGAGACGAGAGGAAGAAGCUCACAGAGAGCAGCCUUAUCUAACAGAGCGAACAUGGCUGAUCAUCACCUUUACCUUGGCCUCUCUGCUCUCAGUCAGCCUGCUGAUUCACCUCGUACGGGGCUGCCGCGGCUCGGUGGCAGCUCACUUCCCCAAACGCCGGGACUACUCCUACGUCCCGCUGACUGACAUCAACGGAGCCGCUUCACAAGCCAAAGCUGACACUGGGAAAUCCAGGAACGGGGAUUUUGGAUUGGACGGCUCAGACUCUCAGGAUGAAAUCUGGUCUCCGUCGGACUCAGGGAGGUCGUAGCUGUGAGGAAGACCAGGGACGAUGAGUGAGGACUCUCUGUUACUGCACAAAGAGAAGCAACUGCGACUCGUUGUUCCUCUGCUUAAUGUAAUCUUGACAAAUUUCCAUUGACAGUCCUGCUGGAAGGAAACGAAAGCUGACGGACGAAGCACAACUGUGUUGUUACAUCCUUUAUGCACCGGUGAUACCAAACCGCCUGCAGGUAUUUCGAGAAGAAGCUGUUGGCAGCUGGUCAGGUGAUCGCUCACAGUUUCCGUUUACAGCCGAAGGCUUUGAAUCUGAGGACGAAAGGCAGAGGUCAAAGUUUUGUUUUGUCUCCAUUCCGGCUCCGGGUAGGAUGAUUGUUUUCAUCUUGUUGUCGUGUAAACUGAUGAACUUUGAACUCUAACCAGGGGCCUGUAUCACAAAGCAGGGUCAGUGGGUUAUCCAGCUAUCUUUGAGCUGAACUCAGGUUUUUCAGUAUCACAAAGCAGGUUAACUGUUCACCAGAGUAGAUCCGAAAGGUAACAGUGAACCUGCUCACCACAUACAGUUUACAAAAGAGUCACUGGUGAUAAAGACCAAUUGAGACAUCUUUUAUGUGUCAGUAGAGUUACUUUGAUACCCAUGAUAAUUUUAUUAGCGUCAGAAGACUUUUUUACAGAACCACACAUCCACUCUGAGAUUAGUUCACCACAGCAGCAGCCUAGUAAAUGGAAAUCACAGAUGCAUAUGUGGCUUAAUCGCGCAAAAUGUUCCUAUAUAGAUAUUAUAGCUAUAUAUCGUUGGUUUAUCAUGUAACAAAAAGCACCAAAAUGUCUCAAAACUCCCUCAAAACUACUAAGUGUGUUAAAAAUGUCAAGUGUACUACUACUUCUGCAGCACCUUGUUAUGUUCCAGUUGUGUGCCACUGGUUCACCUCCCUACGUACAGCGGUGGAAGAAGGUAGUCCUUGCAGGUAAUCAUCAUAAUUCCUGAGCUCAGCGAAGCAGGGAACCCAGACAGAACCUGAGAACGUUGAGCUUCGUGAUACAGACUCCAGGUAGGAUGAGGCUUUCAACUUGUUGCCAUGUUACCAGAUGAACUAUGAACUCUGAAACGGAAGGUGCCGGGGUACAAACUGUUACUUAGAUUUUGACAGACAAUUUCUUGUGAACAUGGGGAUUUUUAGAUGUUUUCUUAUAUUGAGCUCCGUGUCUGAAUGUAAAAUAACUAUGAGGUUAACGUGCAGACUGUGAUUCAUAUCAGAUAAAAUGAUCAAGAAGCCACAAAUAUUUGCUCGCUUUGAAGUUAUAAUUGUAAUUCUUCGAUUUUUAUUAAAUAAAGCCUUGCCCUUUUUUAAAUUUUUUUUUAUUUUAGCAACAGCCAUUUAUUUCCCAUUUUAUAACUGCCUCCCUAAACAGUAGUUAACGUUGUUCCAGGCAGGAUUCAAGUUGCCUUCAGAUGCACAAAGGAUUCACACGAAACGACGCAGCGUGUAAUCUCGUUACUGUUUAUAAUUUGAUUUGAUUUGUCAGCCUCGGUUUUUAUUGUUCACUCUCCUGCAGCACUGUCAGGGCUGGGUUCAGUUACUGUUCUACCAGUUACUGUUCUGUUACAAGUAUUUUUGCUCAGAGAAAGUUUGCUGCCCGGAGAAUUUAAGGACUUGUAGUAUAUUACACCCUGCUUGCUGUUACCACCGCCACCAACCACCGGUGUCACCAAAUCAACCACAACUGAAAUCUUAAGUAGUAUAACCAUUUAGUCAGGAAUUGCUAGUGUUCACUGAAAAAACAUUCUUAAUGUAAUUUGUAAAUGUCACAUCACCAAACUCCUGAUAUGUAGUCAGCAGGUUGUUUUGCCCGUUUUAAAAAAACAAAUAAAUGUUAAU